AUGUCCUCCGAUGAUGCCUACGCAGCCUUUCUCGAAAAGGCAAAUGAAUCCCCUUUCAAGAACACCCCGCUGACCGCAGCUCAGCAACAGGAAGAACAUCUGCAGACAAAAAGGAUUGACUCAAAUGUAUCUGUGCCCACUGUCCUCAGCGAUGUGGAAAUAUACUACACCUCCGAAACAGACGAGCUCUUUGAGCCUGUGGCACUGCACUGGAGCGGAGCGAUGGAGAGCCGGUGGCCAGAUGUUGACGAAUUCCAAUCCCUCAUUCUUCCCAACAUCGAUACGAGCGCUACCAGCGCCUCCGCGACCGCCGCGGCGGAGGCAGCAGACAUCCAAACAUCCAUCCUCUCCCCGUCCGCCUUCGACCCGAAUAACCACUACACAACAGUCACGAAUGCGGUGAUGAUUGCGACCGGGGCCGGAAACGGGGCCAGGGACGGGAAUGAGUUCGAUAUGAAGCUGGCGGAGGAGAAGGUGAAAGUGUAUCGGGUGCAGAUGAGCUGUGCGAGGGUGGAGUAUUGGGUUGUCGGGCUGGAUAGGCAUGGGGAGGGAACGAUUGUGGGGUUGAGAGCGAAGGCGGCUGAGAGUUAG